AUGGCCAACUCGGGCCUCCAGCUCCUGGGGUACUUCCUGGCCCUGGGCGGCUGGGUGGGCAUCAUCGCCAGCACGGCACUGCCGCAGUGGAAGCAGUCCUCCUACGCCGGCGACGCCAUCAUCACCGCCGUGGGCCUCUACGAAGGGCUGUGGAUGUCCUGCGCCUCCCAGAGCACCGGCCAGGUGCAGUGCAAGCUCUACGACUCGCUGCUUGCCCUGGACGGUCACAUCCAGUCCGCUCGGGCCCUGAUGGUAGUGGCUGUGCUCCUGGGCUUCGUGGCCAUGGUCCUCAGUGUGGUCGGCAUGAAGUGCACGCGCGUCGGGGACAGCAACCCCAUCGCUAAGGGCCGCGUGGCCAUCGCGGGGGGUGCCCUAUUCCUCCUGGCAGGCCUCUGCACCCUGACUGCGGUCUCGUGGUACGCCACCCUGGUGACCAGGGAGUUCUUCAACCCCAGCACACCUGUCAACGCCAGGUAUGAAUUUGGCCCCGCCCUGUUCGUGGGCUGGGCCUCGGCUGGCCUGGCCAUGCUGGGAGGCUCCUUCCUCUGCUGCACGUGCCCUGAGCCUGAGAGAGCCAACAGCAGCCCGCAGCCCUACCGGCCCGGCCCUUCGGCUGCUGCCCGAGAACCAGUCAUUAAAUUGCCCGCCUCCGCCAAGGGCCCCCUGGGUGUGUAA